UCGAAGUGCGGUGUGUGUUGGCGUUGAAGCAGACGUGCCUUAACUGGGGAUGCUUGAUUUUAGGACCGAGGAAGAUCUUUUUCCUUUUUCUAGUUUACGUCUAGCGAACUAAUUCGUUGAGAUGACAUUUUUUUCUGUAUGGAAGCAAUGUCGCACAUUUGAUUUAUGACAGACUCAUCGUGAUGGAAGGGGGAGGUAACGCAGAAAGGGCAUGUGGAUGUGAUACGCAGAUCCCAGUGAGUGAAGGCUGUCGGUUGCGCAUUCGUAUGGACACUGAUGAAUGCGCUCUGGGAGAGGUCUUGCAAAUUCGGGAGAUUUCCGGCACAAGGAGCUAUUUCAUUCGCUAUUUGGGACUCACUAUGCGGGAAGAUGAAUGGGUUAUGGAGGAUCGUCUGGAUCCGAAUGACGUGGACUGCCCUCGAGCAGCUCCCGUACCCAUUUCUGGUGCGCCAGUAGAAUCUGGGAACACUGUGUCUCAGCAGACGCCUACAGGACCCGAUGGAGUUGUCUAUGAGAGCUUGACCCUCGAUCAACGUCUGCCAGUAAUACCAGCUUAUGCCAGUCUGGGGAGAGUGUGCCUGCAUGACAAGAUGCCGACACGUCAGCAGAACAUAAGAAUGAUAGAACUCGGGAAGUAUCGCAUCAGGCCACUUUAUUACUCUCCAUAUCCUGAGAUGUUUGAAAAAGUGCCAUGUAUGUACAUAUGUGAAUUUUGCCUGAAACCGUCAAAGUCAAGGAGACGUCUUGCACACCAUUUGGCUAAAUGUGGCUUAAGGCAUCCACCGGGGAAAGAGAUAUACCGAGAGGAAAGCAUCUCAUUCUUCGAAGUUGAUGGGCACGUGUGGAAGAAGUACGCCCACAACCUUUGCCUUCUGGGAAAGUUGUUCCUGCCGCAUCGCACGGCGGGACAUUGUGGGCCGGACUGGUUCAUAUACUAUGUGCUGACCCAUUCGGAUUCCCACGGCUGCCACAUAAUGGGAUACUUCAACAGAGUUAAGGAGCCAUAUGCGUACGUCCACAGGUGUACUUCUGCUGUGACACUUCCUCCCUACAAAGAUAUGGGCUGUGGCAAGCUUCUAGCAGAUUUCACCUACAAGCUGUUCCCACUGGAUGCCCACCUGAGGCUGAUGGUGGAUGAGUGCCCCAUGCUGCUGGCUGGUAGCAUCUUCCAGAGCCACUGGUCCGAGACGCUGUUGGACCACCUUGUGGAUAUCGAGCCACCGCGUGCCGGUGGGACGCGUCCAGUCGUCGCUUUCAAAGCUGCACACAAGGGCCAGUUUCUCUUCUCGUGCGGAGCUUGUGGGCAGUCCGUUUGUGUGGCAUCAAACAUUUCACACUUAGGUGAGUGGGACAACCGGCAGCCGUUCCUGUGCCAGUACUGUGGCGAGUCAUUUGUACGCCUUGCGAAUUUGUCGACAUUGAAAUGUAUAAAUCCGCUUGUCACAAAAUUAGGCAUUCGAGACGGUUAUCGGCACGUGCCGAAUCUCUCGCAGACCUCGUGUCGAAAAUGUUGAAGCCUAAUUUUAGUGACCUAUUAAGAAUGUCAGGUGAAGUUUGAAACUUUGUUGCUGCUAUUUAAUGAAGAUUGUGUAAAAGAUGUGUGAGGAGACCACUGUGAGAAGUGUGUUAGGGCUUUGAGUGAUUUCAUACACUGCCUGUGUUUUAUUUGUGGAUAUCCCCCAGUGUUUUUGUACUUCAGUCAUUUAGAUUACCUUAGAAAUUGGAGCAAAGAUGGGUGGCAACAAUGACUGAUUAGUAAAAGUAUGCCUAUUUUUAAUGUGUAUUUAUGAACAGAAAGUAAAAAGCAAAUCGUAAAUACUCAGGGAAAUGUUAUUGUUAAAAUACAUGUAAAUAAUAAGUCGUUAGUUUUCAUCCUUCUCUUUUCCAUUGGAAAUUGGCUAAUAGGAGCAAUCUGCAGAGUCUGUAAAGCUGUACGAGUCAGUCACUGUUGAUAAUUGUUCUCUGCAGAUAAACUGAAAGUCUGCCUGUAGUGAUGUUGAGUAAUUUAUUAGUGAUUUAAGUACCGAAAACUGUAGAAGCACAUUUGUAUUUUUAAUGCAAAUUAC